CAGCAGGCUGCACUUGGUGGAGGCAGCAGCCGCUGCAGCAGCAGCCUCAGCAAGGAGACCUGCGGGGCCGGGAGGGCAGGUGUCUCCAGCCCCGGAGGAGAAGGCCCCGGUGGGCCCCAGCCCCUGGCGUCGCCGCAGGGGAGGUCUUGGCAGCUGCAGUUCACACCAUGAGGGCCCUGGGGUGUCGCCGGUUCUGGUCCUGCCGGGGGCUGCUGCUGCUGCUGCUGCUGCUCGGGGUGUCCCCGCCAGGCCUGGCACUGCCGCCCAUCCGCUAUUCCCAUGCUGGCAUCUGCCCCAACGACAUGAACCCCAACCUCUGGGUGGAUGCACAGAGCACCUGCAAGCGAGAGUGUGAGACGGACCAGGAAUGUGAGACCUAUGAGAAGUGCUGCCCCAACGUGUGUGGGACCAAGAGCUGUGUGGCGGCCCGCUACAUGGACGUGAGAGGGAAGAAGGGCCCGGUGGGCAUGCCCAAGGAGGCUACGUGUGACCACUUCAUGUGUCUGCAGCAGGGCUCUGAGUGUGACAUCUGGGAUGGCCAGCCCGUGUGUAAGUGCAAAGAUCGCUGUGAGAAGGAGCCCAGUUUUACCUGUGCCUCUGACGGCCUCACCUAUUACAACCGCUGCUACAUGGACGCCGAGGCCUGCUCCAGGGGCAUCACGCUGGCUGUCGUCACCUGCCGCUAUCACUUCACCUGGCCCAACACCAGUCCCCUGCCUCCUGAAACCACUGUGCACCCCACCACAGCCUCCCCGGAGACCCCUGGGCUGGACAUGGCGGCCCCGGCCCUGCUCAACCACCCCGUGCACCAGUCAGUCACCGUGGGUGAGACCGUGAGCUUCCUCUGUGAUGUGGUGGGCCGGCCCCGGCCUGAGAUCACCUGGGAGAAGCAGCUGGAGGAUCGGGAGAACGUGGUCAUGCGGCCCAACCAUGUGCGUGGCAAUGUAGUGGUCACCAACAUUGCCCAGCUGGUCAUCUAUAACGCCCAGCCUCAGGAUGCUGGCAUCUACACCUGCACGGCCCGGAAUGCUGCCGGGGUCCUGAGGGCAGACUUCCCGCUGUCCGUGGUCAGGGGGGGUCAGGCUGUGGCCACCUCAGAGAGCAGCCCCAACGGCACAGCCUUCCCAGCGGCCGAGUGCCUGAAGCCCCCGGACAGCGAGGACUGUGGCGAGGAGCAGACCCGCUGGCACUUCGACGCCCAGGCCAACAACUGCCUGACCUUCACCUUUGGCCACUGCCACCGCAACCUCAACCACUUCGAGACCUACGAGGCCUGCAUGGUGGCCUGCAUGAGUGGGCCCCUGGCCGUGUGCAGCCUGCCCGCCCUUCAGGGGCCCUGCAAGGCCUACGCGCCACGCUGGGCCUACAACAGCCAGACCGGCCAGUGCCAGUCCUUCGUCUAUGGCGGCUGUGAGGGCAAUGGGAACAACUUUGAGAGCCGCGAGGCCUGUGAGGAGUCGUGCCCCUUCCCUCGGGGCAACCAGCAGUGUCGGGCCUGCAAGCCACGGCAGAAACUCGUCACCAGCUUCUGUCGGAGUGACUUUGUCAUACUGGGCCGAGUCUCAGAGCUGACGGAGGAGCCCGACUCCGGCCGUGCUCUGGUGACUGUGGACGAGGUUCUAAAGGAUGAGAAGAUGGGCCUCAAGUUCCUGGGCCGGGAGCCACUGGAGGUCACUCUGCUCCACGUGGACUGGGCCUGCCCCUGCCCCAACGUGACAGUGGGCGAGACGCCACUCAUCAUCAUGGGCGAGGUGGAUGGCGGUAUGGCCAUGCUGCGACCCGACAGCUUCGUGGGAGCAUCCAGCACCCGGCGGGUCAGGAAGCUCCGAGAGGUCAUGCACAAGAAGACCUGUGAUGUCCUCAAGGAGUUCCUGGGCCUGCACUGAAGCCCAUGCACCUCUCCCUGGUCCUCUUCCACCUACCCACCCCGGUGCCCCUCAGUCAUUAAACUGGGCAAGAUCAGAUUCGACAGUCUUGGGCCCGCAGGGAAACGGCUAUUAACAUGUCACAAAAAAGCUACCAGAGGGUCUUAGAUCCACUUCUAUUCUUUGAGUUCAACAAGAGGGCCGGGCCCUUUUUAGCUGAGGGGAACAAAGGAGAAGUCAAUAGAUACAUGUAUGUUAUUCCUGGUGACCAGGCUGCUCAGGCCUUCUCAGUCACCCUUUGCUGGCCACCUGCCUCCUCUGGCUCUCCCAG